AAUCCUCCACAACAGCUCACAACAGCACCACAAACUAGUGUAACAACAGCUGAAUCUUCUACAACGGUUACAACAACAGCAGCGCUCUCAACAACCACUACAACUGUUACUGAAUCAUCCACCGCUACUGCAGGAGUUACCACAACAGCACCACAAACUAGUGUUACAACAGCUGAAUCUUCCACAACAGCCACAACAACAGCAGUGCCCUCAACAACCACUACAACUCUUGCUGAAUCAUCCACCACUACUGCAGAAGUUACCACAACAGCACCACAAACUACAGUUACAACAACUGAAUCCUCCACAACAGCUACAACAACAGCAGCAACAUCUGAACCAUCUGCAAUUUCAACACCAACAGGUUCUUCCUCUGUCACAGCAACUCUUACUGGGUCAUCCACCACUAGUGCACCAGUCACUGCAACAGCAUCUCAAACCACACCGUCCUCUUCGACUACUCCCUCUUCAACUGCUUUUCAUACCACAACUGUUAGCACAGCUGAAACAUCCACAACAUCAGCAACUUCAACACCAACAGGUUCAUCCACAGUCCCAAAAUCUAUUACUGGUACAUCCACCAGUAGUGCAGCAAUAACCACAACAGUGGCACAAUCUACAGUUUCUACAGAGUCUACAGCUUCUACAGCAUCUAACGCUUCUACAGAACCUACAGUGUCUACAGCUGCUAUAGCUUCUACUGUAUCCACAGCUUUUACAGCAUCUACAGUCUCUACAGGGUCUACAGCGUUGAAUGCUUCUACUGUAUCUACUGUCUCUACAGUGUCUAACACUUCUACUGCAUCUACAGCUUCUACAGCAUCUACAACCUCUACAGCAUCUAACGCUUCUACAGCAUCUACAGCUUCUACAACAUCUACAGUCUCUACAGAGUCUGCAGCGUCUAACGCUUCUACAGCCUCUACAGCAUCUACAGCAUCUUCAGUCUCUACAGAGUCUGCAGCGUCUAACGCUUCUACAGCCUCUACAGCAUCUUCAGUCUCUACAGAGUCUGCAGCGUCUAACGCUUCUACAGCCUCUACAACAUCUACAACUUCCACAGCAACUACUGCAAAAAUAGUACCUGAAGUGCUAACAGAACUGGAGUUUCGCUCUUUUGAGACAUUUACAGAUGCACUCAGCGAUAUCAAGAGUGAGGAGUUUAAGAAUAGGUCUAAACUUGUCAGGGAUGAGCUUGAGCCUGUCUACAAAAUCAAGUAUACUAACUUCCUCAGAGUGAUUGUCCUAGGAUUCAGACCAGGGUCAAUCAUCACCUCAACACGACUAGCUUUCAGCUUCAACCAAACUAUCCCAUCCGUUCAAGAGAUUUCAAACACCCUCUUGACAGCAGUGGGAACAGGAGAUGUCAAUUUACUGAAGAUAAUCCCUCAAUCAAUUUCAGUCAAUGGUUCAGCUGCAACAGUCGCUCCCACAGCAACUACAGCAAGUACAACAACUACAGCAACCACAGCAACCACAGCAACUACAGCUUCAGGCGGAUUAAAGAUUGAAUCCAGUCUGUUCCAAGCAACAUGCCUCAUUAUUAUGUCUAAAAUAUUAAACUUUUUCCUAUAGAUCCCUUAAACAUAUAUCAACCAAACAUGAGAGUUCAACAAGACACACUGUAACAAAUUAAUUCAACACAAAAUGUAUUUAUUAUUAUAAUUAAAUUGUAUAUAGUAUUUCCCACUCUCACAUACUAGUAUAGAGCAAUAUAAAGAUACGUUUGAUAAUGCAUUGUUCCUGAAGAACUUAACAGUAGAUAUCUGUUUAACAGCAGGCUGUUUUCUGGGAGGGAGAAGUAAAUAUUUUUCCGCAUGCAUUUCCUUUAAUUGUAAACAUUGUAAAUGUUGUUUAACUGUUUUGAGGUUAAAUACUGGUUAUACUACUUCUUUUUGUUUGUCUAAUAAGUUCUAACAUUGUAAUAUGUCAUAUUUUAAUGAAAUAAAAAUAUGUAUUAAA